AUGCCUCACUUCAAAGAAAGUUCCUCGUCGAGUGCGUCGGAUGUCGAGCUCGAAUUCGAGCUUGGCUACAAUGUCCAAGCCUCCAAUGCGCAAGGCAUAGUCGACGACGAGGCAUAUGCAGGUGCUGGAUUCUUUGAAGGAUCAUCUGAGGCGCCUCUAAGCCAGCAGUUGGAGCCCAUCGCUGUAAUUGGAAUGGGCUGCCGUCUGCCUGGAGACGUCGGAUCACCAGCGGAGUUUUGGAAGAUGAUGAUGAACAAGCAAACUGGACAGACUCCUUCCGUCCCGCCUACGAGAUUCAACAUCGGCGCCCACCACCACCAGAACAAUGACCGUCCCGGAAGCUUCAGUGCCCUCGGAGGUUAUUUCCUUAACGAAUCUCUUCUGGAGUUUGACCCUAGCUUCUUCGGAAUCACCCCGGUGGAAGCUAUGUGGAUGGACCCUCAGCAGCGGAAGUGUCUGGAGGUUGUUUACGAGACGAUCGAGUCUUCUGGUAUUCCCCUGGAUAAGUUGGCUGGUACCAACACUGCCUGCUUCAUGGCUACAUUCACGGCAGACUACCAGCAAAUGCAGUUUAAGGAGCACUCUUUCCGCCACAGUCUUUCAGCAACAGGUGUAGACCCUGGUAUUCUCAGUAACAGAAUCAGUCACGUCUUCAACCUCAGGGGCCCGAGUAUCGUUGUCAACACCGCUUGCUCAUCAUCUGUUUAUGCAGUCCAUAACGCAUGCAAUGCGCUACGCAGCAAGGAAUGCGGCGCAGCCAUCGUCGGUGGUAGCAACUUAGUUCUCACAGUAGACCAGCACAUGAACACUGCUAAGCUUGGUGUGCUGUCUCCUACCUCUACUUGUCACACGUUCAACAGUUACGCAAACGGCUAUGGCCGUGCCGAAGCCGUCGGUGCUGUGUUCCUAAAGCGACUUUCAGACGCCAUUAAGGAUGGCGACGCGAUCCGAGGUGUGAUCAGGUCCAGCGCGACCAACAGCAACGGCAGAGUCGAAGGUGUCGGUAUCACAUAUGCCGGCUACGGAGGUCAAAGGGCAGUCAUCACGCACGCCUACAAGCGAGGUGGUGACCUGGACCCUCGUCUUACCGGCUACUUCGAGUGCCACGGUACGGGUACCGCCGUCGGUGACCCGAUCGAGGUCAACGCUCUCGCUGAUGCUAUGAACUACGACCGCACUCCUGCCGACGGUCCUCUACGCAUCGGCGCUGUUAAGACUAACAUCGGCCACAGUGAGGCAGCUAGCGGGCUAUCUGCUGUCAUCAAGGCCAUCCUAGCCGUGGAACGAGGAAUCGUUCCCCCUACACGAGGAGUAACGGACCUCAACCCUAAGAUUGACUGGACGGGCAAGCAAGUCGCAGUUGUGACAGACCCGAUGCCAUUCCCCAAGGAACUCCCUGUUCAGAGAGUCAGUGUCAACUCUUUCGGAUAUGGUGGCACAAACGCGCAUAUCAUCGUCGAGAGUUCUAGGAGCCUCCUUACGCAACCUCAGACUUACAAGUUUAACUCCGAGGAGCAGAAGAACAAGAGGAAGUCCGGCAGGGGCCGAUUCAACAAGAACAGGCCUCACCUGCUUGUCUACUCUGCCCAUGAUAAGUCUGCAUUGAAGAGGAACAUCGCGGCUCACGGAAAGGUGGCCGCCGACUACGACUUAAUCGAUCUCUCCUACACGCUGGCCAACCGCCGUACUCACUUCUCUAGCAGGGGUUUCGCAGUCACGAGCCUCGCUACCUUAAGCAAGGCUUUCCAGUCUGAAGAAGACUGGAAGUUUGCCGAGAAGAAGAACCCCAGCGGCAAGGAACGAAAGAUCGGCUUCGCUUUCACCGGACAGGGCGCCCAAUGGGCAAGGAUGGGUGCUGGUCUCAUGUCUUACUACCCUACCUUCCUCAAGACCAUCCAACAACUCGACGCCGCUCUUGAUGACCUCAGCGAUGCCCCCAACUGGACUCUUGAAGACGUUCUCCUAGAGCCCGAAGCUACUUCCCGCGUUGGCGAGGCUGAAUUCUCUCAGCCCCUAUGCACUGCUGUUCAAAUUGGUCUAGUUCAGCUGCUACGACUCUGGGGAAUCAAGCCCUCCGUCACCUGUGGUCACUCAUCCGGUGAGAUUGGUGCAGCUUAUGCUGCAGGCUUCCUCACUGCUACCGAAGCUAUUGUCUUGGCUUACUACCGUGGAAAGGUUGUUGGAAACAUCAACACGAACGGUGCCAUGGCUGCCGUUGGCCUCGGUGCUGAGGACGUUACCCCAUACCUCGCUGGUUACGAUGACGUUGUCAUUGGAUGCCACAACUCGCCUUCCGGUGUCACCCUCAGUGGUAACGCCGAAUCCUUGAAGAAGCUUCAGGAGACCUUCAACGAGAAGGGUGUGUUCUGUAGGCUGGUCAAGACUGGUGGCAAGGCUUACCAUUCAUACCACAUGCGACCCGCUGCCGACAAAUACGAGGCACUCGUGCGGGGCUCUGGAAUUGAUAUCCGUGCUAAGAACCGCCCCGUGCUGGAGAAGGCGACGAUGGUCUCGUCCGUGACCAACAAGGUGCUUCCUGAGGACUCCGUCCUGGAUGAGACUUACUGGAGCGCCAACUUGCUCAACCCCGUUUUGUUCAACCAAGCCGUCCAGACCAUUGGUACCACCCCUGAAUUCUCCGAUAUCACUCUGAUUGAGGUUGGACCUCACUCCGCUCUCUCUGGUCCGAUUAAGCAGAUCAAGUCCGAGCUCAAGCUUGAGAAAUUCCAGUAUCUACCUACCUUGAUCCGAGGCCAAGACUGUGCCACCUCCGUCCUGAAACUAGCUGGUGAGCUCUUCCUUGCAGACUACUCGAUUGACCUGGCGAGAGCUACUUCGGUCGAGGAGAUGAGCCCCAGCGGAAAGAUCCGCGCCCGCAGCGGAGACUACAUCGUGGACUUACCCCCUUACCAGUGGGACAAGUCUAAGAAGUUCAUUGCCCAAUCGCGUGAGAGCAGGGAGCACCGAGGACAGAAAUACAUGCGCCACGAUGUACUUGGAGAGUUGGUCAUCGGUAACUCCCCGGCCGAGCCGACCUGGAGAAACAUUCUCCGCAUCAAGGAUGUACCUUGGCUCCAGGAUCACAGCUUGGGUGGCGAGGCCGUGUUCCCUGCUGCUGGCUAUCUCGCAAUGGCUAUGGAAGCCAUCACGCAGCUCGAUGAGCAAUCGGAGACCCCCUCUGAAAUCGAGGGCUACGUGCUUAGAGAUGUGUUGAUUCAGCAGGCACUUGUCACCCCUGACGACGACAACGGUAUCGAGGUCUUCCUAAACAUGCGCCCGUCAGCCCACAGUGGUGAAAACCAGAAGAAGUGGUGGGAUUUCAACGUCUGCUCGGUUACUGAGGCUGGUUUCCAGAAGAACCACAUGCGCGGAAGAAUCGCCAUCAACGCUCGCGACUCUAGGGCUAAGGCUUGGCCAGUCCCGAACUUGCCCCAAUCAGCAACCGGCAAGUCCUGGAACCGUGCUCUCAGGACCGUUGGGUUCGACUAUGGCCCAGCUUUCCAGGAGACCGACAGCGUCACCUUCGAUGCCAAGUCGUACGCCACGCAAGCCACGGUUGCUUUCAGGAACACGGUCGAGAGCAUGGUCGGCGAGUCCCGCUAUGUUCUCCACCCAGCUUCGAUCGACUUGUGCCUUCAACUCUUCAUUAUUGCUUUCUGGGGCGGUAGCACUAACGCCAUCAAAUUCGGUGUUGUCCCGGUUCAGGCAGAGGAGAUCGCGAUCUGGAAGCCCACCGAAGCUCAGCUUGCUGAUGGCAAGGGUAAGGCAUUUACCUGGGUCGACACCCGUGGUCCUCGCUCAGUGAAGGCCCACAACCAAUUGGUAACCAACGAUGGUCAAGUCUUGGUAGAAAUUAAUAACAUGCAAUGUAUCGGCUACGAAGCCGCACGACCCCAGCUUGCCGAAGAACCCGCCAAGCCCCAGCCAUACGGACGCACACUGUCCAAGCCGGAUGUUGACUUCCUGAGCGGAACCCAGAAGCUUAGCGUGGCCGAAUUCGUCGAUCUCGCCGAGUUCAAGAAGCCCGGUCUUAAGGUUGCUUCGCUGGACUCUGCGGAAGCCGAGUCGCUUGCGAAGACUGUCCCUGCUUUGGAUAUUACUAUUACCUACGACGUGCCCGAUGAAGAAUACGCCGUGCCUCCCGAGCUAGCAAGCUCUAAGAACGUCAAGUUCCAGAAGCUCGAGUCUGCUGCCGCGGGCUCCUUCGAUCUAAUUGUUGCCAACGUCGCAUCCGCUGAUGCGCUAACCAAGAUUCGCCAAUUGUUGACUGAGGGAGGCGAGGCCGUUGUUAAGUCAGCAGCAACUCCUCUAGACGAGGCAAGCUUGAAGAGUGCCGGGUUCUCUGGAGUGAAGGUCACGCUUGAGAACGGUGCCGUGGUUGUACCCGCCACCAGCUCCGACGAGGCGACCGCUGAGGAGACGAAGCCUUCUACCUCCAACAAGGUGCAACUCAUCUACCGAAACAGCAUCUCACCUGCCUUCUCGGAGUUGGCCAAGAGCCUCGAAGGCAAGGGCAAUGUGGUCGAAUCGAUCCAACUUGGUGCCCCGACUUCGCCUGAAGCUACUAUUCUCAUUCUUGCCGACCUUGAAGGACCCUUCCUAGCUACAAUCACCGAGAAGGAAUUCCUCGACUUGCAGGCAAUUCUUGCCGAAGCUACCAAGGUCUUGUGGGUGACUCGUGGUGGUAUCCUGAAGGGUGAGAACCCUUACUAUGCCAUGGCUAGCGGUCUUCUCCGCUCUCUUCGCUCUGAGCAGAUCAAGUUGAACGCCUCCUUGUUAGACUUCGAGGGCGAGGUUCCUCUCACUGAGUUUGUGAGCUUGACCACUUCCCUUGCUACCAAGCAGAUCAAUGGCGAGGCCCUUGAGACCGAAUACUACGUCUCGGACGGAAAGGUCAACAUCAACCGCUUGAUUCCGGAUGAGCGCCUCAACGAGAUUCACGCACAUGACGAGGACGAUCUUUUGGACGCUUCAUUUGACCCUGCAAAGAGACUUGUAGGAAAGGUACGUAGCGGUGUAGUCAUCUUCGAGUCCGAAGAGGAGGCCGCACUAAGCCCCGAGGAGAUCGAAAUCCAAGUCGUAGCCACCGGCCUGAACAAGGAAGACAUUGCCGUCAUUCAGGGAACUGAGACUACUAGCGACAUCAGCCACGAGAUUGCUGGUCUUGUUACCAGAAUCGGCUCUGGUGUUAAGGAUUUCGCUGUCGACGACCGUGUCGUCAGCUUCACCUCCAGCGAAUUCGCGACCUUCCAGCGCGUCAACCAGAGCUUGGCCAAGAAGCUCAACCCCGACGAAUCAUUCUCUACUUUCGCCAGCCUCCCCAUUUCCUUCGGCGCCGCCUUGUAUGGCCUCCGAAACCUCGCACAUGUAGAAAAGGGAGAGUCGGUCCUUGUCCUUCCCGGCUCCGGACUCAUCACUGCACCGGUCGUCCAGGUUUCUAAGGCUCUUGGUGCCAUACCUUUCGUAGCUGCGCGCAACCCUGCUGAAGCCGAGUUCAUCACCAAGCAGCUCGGUCUACCAUCUAGCCAGGUUGUUGAGUGGUCUACUACGUGGCUAGAGCAGAACAAGCCUGAUGUCGUAUUCUCAUCCGACUCCGUCGAGGCUACAGUCGCACAGGAAGCUUGGAGGCACUUGCCCGCAUUCUCCCGAUUCGUGAACCGUGCUAACGCCGAGGCUGCCUUCUCUAACGUUCUAGACAUCGUCCCCGCCACCCGUGGUGCAAGCUACUUUGCAUUCGACACUAUUAACCUGUUCAAGAAGCCAAGUCUGUUGGCCGGACUGCUUGACCAAACUAUCAAGCUCUUCCGCGAGGGAUCUAUCUCUGCCCUGCCCAUUACCGUCAAGAACAUCACCGAACUUAAUGAGAGCAUCUCGGCCUUCUCGGAUGACCUUCAGAGUUCUAAGACAGUCAUCCUUAACGAGCCUUCAAGUGGCACAUUGAAACUUGUGCCAUCUCGCCCCCAUGCUCACCUCCGAUCAGAUGCUACAUACCUCCUAGUCGGAUGUCUCGGUGGUCUAGGUCGCAGUCUCACGUCGUGGAUGUUGAAGAGGGGUGCACAGAACUUUGCCUUCUUGUCACGAUCAGGCACGGACUCUCGCCAGGCUGCUACUCUUGUUGACAGCCUCCAAGCCGCCGGCGCCAACGUACAGGUAUUCAGGGGCGAUGCUAGUAUCAAGGAAGACGUGGAGAAGGCCGUCAGCUCUAUCCCUGCUGACCGCCCGAUUCGCGGUGUUAUCAACGCUGCCAUGGUGUUGCGAGAUGGCAUGUUCCACAACUUGACCUACGAUAGCUGGGUAACCUCCGUCAAGCCCAAGGUUCUCGGAAGCUCCAACUUGCACGAGGUGACAAAGGACCUUGACCUAGACUUCUUCAUCAUGACCAGUUCAGUAUCCGGUACCCUAGGUACCCCUGGUCAGAGCAACUAUGCUGCCGGUAACGCCUACAUGGAUACCCUUGCCCGUCUUCGACACACUCAAGGCAAGCGUGCCGCUGCCAUCGUCCUCCCUAUGAUUCUCGGUGUUGGUGUCGUUGCUGAGAAUGCCGCCCUUGAGGACUCCCUCAAGCGCAAGGGUAUGUACGGCGUCGACGAGGAUGGUCUCCUUGACUCGUUUGAGGUCGCCAUUAUCGAGCAGGGCAACCCUGAAGCUGUUGACUUCGACCAUGUAGUUGUCGGACUUGACCCAUCGCUUCUCGCCAAGGCCAAGUCUGAAGCCGAAGGUGAUGUCGAUGUCUUCUGGGCUGUUGACCCCCGAUUCUCCACUCUGCUACAUGCAAUGGAGUCUGGAAGCAAGGGUGACGUUGGUGGAGGAGCAGAUUCUAUCCUUGCCAGAGUUAAGAACGCAGCAUCCCCCGCAGAGGCUGUUGCUGCCGUCGAGGAACACUUCAUUGCUAAGCUUUCGCGUGUUCUCAUGCUUGACUUGGAGGACUUUGAAGGCGAAGGCCGAUCCGUCGCCAGCUUCGGUAUCGACAGUAUGAUUGGUGCCGAGCUGAGGAACUGGAUCUUCAAGGAGCUUGGCCUUGACAUUGCUUUCCAGCAACUGUUGGGGCCGUCACUCACCAUCAAGGGCUUUGCUCAGCUGGUGGUUGCAAACCAGGGAAUCCAGAUUGAGUGA